AUGAAUAAUGAAGAAUGGGGAUUAAAAGUAAUGAAAUUGUGUUCUUCUUCAGCUAUACCAGAAGUACCACCAAUAGGACAUCAUAUGAGUUUGGAUGAUUUUAUGGCUUUUGACGAUGUGGCUAAUUGUAUAGUUAUUGAUGUUUUACUUGGAAUAAGAAGUCAUAAAAUGAGACCAAAAAAAGUUUUUUUAACCAAGGAAGAAAAUAUAUCAUGUUAUAAACUAUUACGUGAAUAUUUAGAAAAUUUUAAUGUUGUCAAAACAUUACAAAAUAUAUUUUUAUUAACGUCAAUGAGAAAUUUUUGUUUGAAGAUGGAUGGUAAACAAUUGAUAGAAUUAAGAAAUCAUGUUCAUCGUUAUUUAAUGCUCUUUCAACCAGCCUCUGGAAUUAGUAUACAAAAAUGUUUUAAAUAUUCUAAAGAAAAAUUUCUUGGUGCUAAAUUGGUUGCAACAAGAAAAUUUAAAAGUAAUGAACAAAUAAAUAUGUUAUAUGGUGUUGUUAAACCAUUAACAAAAGAACAAAUUAAUAAAGUUAUAAAAAGUGGAAUAAAUGAUUUUUCAAUAAUGAUUAGUGAUAGAACUGAGAAACAAAUAUUAUGGUUAGGACCUGGAAGUUUUUUAAAUCAUGAUUGUAAUUCAAAUGUUAGAUUUGAUUGUCGUGGUAUUCAUACAGUUGUUUUAAUAGCCACAAAAGAUAUAGAUAUUGGUGAGGAAUUGUACUUAAAUUAUGGUGAUAAUUAUUUUGGAGAUAAUAAUAAAGAAUGUCAAUGUGAAAGUUGUGAAAAAAUUAAAAAUGAAAAAGAAAAUUUAUUAAAAUGGACACCAAUUAUGUGCAAAGAAAUUGAUGAAAAUAUCGUUGAUUGUCUUGAAUUAAUAUCAUUAAGAAAUGAAAUUCUUAAAAAAAUUUAUGAUUUUCAAAUAUCAAAAAAUAAUCUUAUUAUUUCACUCAAUUAUAUUGUUGAAUUUUUAAAAUAUGGUUUUAUAAAUGAUGGGAUAUCAAAGAUAUCUAGUAGUCAAAAUUUUAUUAAACAUGAAUUAGAAUAUUUAUCAAAUGUUAAAUAUUUAUUGUCAUUAGAUUAUGACAUAGAUUUUAUUAAAAUAUUUACUUAUUUAUAUAAAACAUUUGGUAUAUGUACAAGUCAAGGAAAAGUAGGUACACCAACAACAAAAUCUAUUAUUUUACAAAGAAACGAAGCUAUUUUUAAAUAUUCAUUUUAUGAAGCAAUAUUUGGUCCUGAUAUUGCUGAGGCUUUAGUUCAAUUUCAAUGUAAACUUUUUGAACAAUAUCACUAUGAAAAAGUUUCUAUUGGACAAAUUAUUAGUGUUCUUCAAAAUUUUAUUAAUAUAUUAAGAAGAAAAGAUUUUAAUAAAGUUUUUCAAGAUAAAAUCAAUAUACAAAAUGAACGUAUAAAAAAAAUUGAGAAGCAUGGUUUUACUGCUGAGUUUCUUUUUAAUACAUUUGAUAUAAAAAUUGAUAUUCUUGGUAAUGAAAUUAUUGAAAAGGAAAGAAAGUAUAUUGAAAGGAAUAUUGAGGUAUAUGAAGAAAAAAUACAAGAAAAGUUAAAAAAUUGUUUAUCAUUUAAUUUUGUUUUAUCAUUAAUGAAAGACAAAAACAAUAGUGAAGCAAUUAUUGGUGAUCUCAAAACGAUUUUAGAAGUGAAUGAACAUGAUGUUAAAGUACAAAUAUUAAAUAAUAAAAUUAAAGGUUUUGAAAAAAUCAAAGCUCCAUUAAACAUUAUGAUAGAAACUUUUGAUAAUAAAGAUAAUAAUGCAUUACUAAUAUCUAUGUACAAUGAUGAAUUAGAGGAAAUAACACGUAAAUAUAAAAAAAGUCAAUUAAUAAAAACAAUAGACAUAGAUAAUUAUGUCUUAUUAGAUGAAAAUAAACCCAAAACGGUAAGAUCAUCAAUAAGAUUAAAAAAGGAUUUUUCAAAAUAUGAAAAUUACAAUAUUGAACCAUUUUUAAUGAAGUUUUAUUGUAACUCUACAAUGGAAAAGAUUUUAGAAAAUAGGAAGAGAACUUAUGAAUUGGUAAAUCAAGAUUUCGAAGAUGUUUUUAUUAAUCAAGGUCGACUAAAACAUGAAAGAAAAAUAUUAGAAGAAAUAUCAAAAUAA